AUGGCGUUUCCGAUCUGGCUCUGGCGGCCGGAACAUCAACCAAAAACCCCGGUCCUCCCGGAAAAUUACCGAUGCUGCGGAUGCUGUGGUUGUACAGCCAAGUGCUGCUUCACCUUUGACGCAAUCAUUGGCACCAUCGCCCUGGUGGUGCUGAUUGGAAUCAUGAUCUUUAUGAUUGCCGCCAAGCCCGCUGUGCUUCCGCUUCUCUUGAAACAUCCUAUGUUUUACGUGUGGGUCCUCGGCUGGGUUGCCCUAUACUUUGCCCUGCGUACCAUCCAGACGUUGAAGCCCAGCUACAUGCAGGCGUUUAUGAUCGUUUUUUUCGUUAGUGAAAUCAUCAGCCUAGCCCUCACCUGGUUUUUAUGGGACGCUGAGCUCGAAGCGGUCCGUCGACAGAUUUACGAAUACGGGAAAAAGCACGGGGAAGCUGAUGAUAUCCCCGAACCCAAAUCCAAAGCUGAAACAAUGUUCUCGGCCGUCCUGGGAUUGAUUUGGCCGAGCUUCAUCAUGUACCAGUAUUAUCGAUAUGUUAGGGAUCGUCAACUGGAGAUCGAGCAAACGCAGCGCCUUCCCGAACACCUCGUAACGUACCGGGCA